CAUUAUGCAGAGAAGCUUCUCCCAAAAAAUUGCAAUGCCUACACCUCUAUGGUAGCCCAAUCGGAUGAACUCAGGCCUGAUGUGCCUAUAGAUCGACGAUACGAAUGGUUUCUGCAAGAGGAUAAUGACGCAAGCCAUGGCACUUGCAAUCCCAACUUGUUACCAACAGUCUCUAGGCACGAUCGUGGUGUAGCGAGCCUCUCCCAACUUGCCAAUUCACCCAAUGUCAGCCCUAUUGAGAGCAUGUGGAAUAUCAUCAAAAAGAGAUUCAGGCAGCAACUGCACCAGAUCAAAUCAAUUGUAAAGCUCAAGGCAGCUCUCCAAUAUUAG